AUGUCCGCGAGUCAACAGCCUUUGGCAAUUUCGCCAAACGCGAACCGCUUAGCCGUUGUUUACCGGCACAAAUUUGUCGUGAGCUCUGAACACAUGGAGGAAAAUGAGGGUCAACAAGGAUUUGCUCAGGAUCAGAUCCGCCGUCGCGACGAGGCAAGCCCGUCCUCUGGCAUUGUUCAACCUCGCCAGGUUCAGAGAGGCAGACUCAAUACGGGAUACGGUCAUGUUAUGCCUCAAAAAUCGAUAGCUGCAUGGCCAUUCCUGUCUCAGCCUUGUGGGCAUGCAACAUUGACUGAUAGUUAUCUCGCCGGUCGUCCAGUAGCGAAGCUGCUGGGAACUAACACCGCUAAUACUUGGGACGAACACGAACGAGUCAACAGAGUUUCAGAACAUCUUCUUGGAUGGGACUGGACACGGUUAUUGGUUGCGGCUAAUCCUGCUCGCUGUGGUGGAAGCCUUGCUAAUGACCGUUACAAACUUCCAGACGCUUCGGGACCAACUACCGACAACUGAACCAGCAAACACAUGGUGUUCGUACAACGCUGGACCGAUCCCCAUGGCAUUGAUAUCAACCUGGCAGGUUGUGCUCCGCUGGCUUGUGUCUGUCCUUUGUCCUCGAGGGGCUGACAUUCUCGUCAAUGAAAGAUCUCCAUGAGUAUAGCCAAAGUCCCGAGCCUGCCAGGCUCGAAAGGAUUGACUAUCUACAGUCAGGAUGACUUGAAAUUAUCAUCCAGCUCCGCGGCGGACUCUGCUGUAUUGUCAAGCUCCACCUAUACUUGUCUUUGGUCAGGCAAGUAUACCCUGUAAACGGCCAUCAACGCUCUUCA